UUUCCUCAAGACACACCAUCCCAACGAGUGCAAUUUAUCUUGGGUACUGAAGAUGAUGAUGAACACAUUCCCCAUGAUCUCUUCACUGAAAUGGAUGAACUUUGCUUCAGGGAUGGAGAAGAAUAUGAAUGGAAAGAAACGGCUAGGUGGAUAAAAUUUGAAGAGGAUGUUGAAGAUGGUGGUGAUCGAUGGAGCAAGCCUUAUGUAGCAACGCUGUCUCUGCACAGUCUCUUUGAACUGCGAAGCUGUAUUCUUAAUGGGACGGUCAUGUUGGACAUGAGAGCAAACACACUAGAUGAGAUAGCAGAUAUGGUUUUGGACAACAUGAUUGCCUCUGGCCAGCUCGAUGAAUCCAUAAGAGAGAAUGUGAGAGAGGCUCUUCUAAAAAGGCACCAUCAUCAGAAUGAGAAAAAAUUCAGCAAUCGGAUUCCCCUGGUUCGGUCUUUUGCAGAUAUAGGCAAGAAACAUUCUGACCCUCACUUGCUUGAACGAAAUGGGCUAUUAGCAUCUCCACAGUCAGCACCUGGAAAUUUAGACACCGGAAAAAGUGGAGACGUUAAAGGUACUGGGACAGGAGGAAGCAGAGAAAACAGCACGGUUGAUUUUAGUAAGGUUGAUAUGAACUUCAUGAGGAAAAUUCCUUCAGGAGCAGAAGCAUCAAAUGUGUUAGUGGGAGAAGUAGAUUUUUUAGAAAGACCUAUUAUUGCUUUUGUGAGGCUCUCCCCUGCUGUACUUCUCUCAGGUCUCACAGAGGUUCCGGUUCCUACACGGUUUUUAUUUUUGUUGCUGGGACCAGCAGGAAAAGCUCCACAGUACCAUGAAAUUGGAAGAUCGAUAGCAACUCUUAUGACAGAUGAUGUUUUCCAUGAUGUUGCCUAUAAAGCAAAAGACCGAAAUGAUUUAUUGUCAGGAAUUGAUGAAUUUUUAGACCAAGUGACAGUCCUGCCUCCAGGAGAAUGGGAUCCAUCUAUACGAAUUGAGCCACCAAAAAGUGUUCCUUCCCAGGAGAAAAGGAAGGCACCUAAAUUUCCAAAUGGAUCUACUCCUACAGGAGAGACUCUCAAAGAAGGCGGCCUCCAUGCUGGACGUGAACUUGAGAGAACUGGAAGGCUUUUUGGUGGUUUGAUACUUGACAUCAAAAGGAAAGCACCUUUUUUCUUGAGUGACUUCAAGGAUGCAUUAAGCCUGCAGUGCCUGGCCUCGAUUCUUUUCCUAUACUGUGCCUGUAUGUCUCCUGUAAUCACUUUUGGAGGGCUCCUGGGAGAAGCUACACAAGGCAGAAUAAGUGCAAUAGAGUCUCUCUUUGGAGCCUCAUUAACUGGGAUUGCCUAUUCUCUCUUUGCUGGGCAACCUCUUACUAUUUUGGGGAGCACCGGACCAGUUCUAGUAUUUGAAAAAAUAUUGUUUAAAUUUUGCAGGGAUUACGAUCUUUCCUACCUCUCCCUGCGAACUAGCAUUGGUCUGUGGACUGCAUUUUUAUGCAUAGUGCUUGUAGCCACAGAUGCCAGCAGCCUUGUGUGUUACAUCACUCGAUUUACUGAGGAGGCUUUUGCAGCGCUUAUAUGCAUCAUAUUUAUUUAUGAGGCAUUGGAAAAGCUUUUUCAUUUGGGAGAAGUGUAUGCCUUCAAUAUGCACAAUGAUUUGGAGAAACUGACUUUAUAUUCAUGUGUGUGUUCUGAGCCUGAGAAACCCAGUAACGAAACUUUGCAGGUGUGGAGGAGUAUGAAUAAGUCUGCGGAAAAUAUAGCAUGGAGUAACCUUACAGUUUCUGAAUGUUUACAAUUUCAUGGUGUGUUUCGUGGAUCAGCUUGUGGCCAUCAUGGACCAUAUAUUCCAGAUGUUCUCUUCUGGUCUGUCAUAUUAUUCUUUACAACAUUUUUCCUCUCCUCUUUCCUUAAGCAAUUCAAGACCAAACGCUAUUUCCCAACUAAGGUGCGUUCUACCAUCAGUGACUUUGCAGUAUUUCUGACCAUAGUUAUCAUGGUUUUGAUUGACUACCUUGUAGGAGUACCUUCUCCUAAGCUUCAUGUUCCAGAGAAAUUUGAACCCACCCGAAAAGACCGAGGAUGGUUCAUAGAUCCUCUUGGAAGCAAUCCCUGGUGGACACUCUUGGUAGCUGCUGUUCCUGCUUUACUCUGUACCAUUCUCAUUUUCAUGGAUCAACAAAUAACAGCUGUUAUUAUAAACAGGAAAGAGCAUAAGCUGAAGAAAGGCUGUGGUUAUCAUCUUGAUCUGCUCAUGGUUGGUGUUAUGUUGGGGAUAUGUUCUGUCAUGGGCUUACCGUGGUUUGUUGCUGCAACUGUCCUGUCUAUAAGUCAUGUUAAUAGCCUGAAAGUUGAAUCUGAAUGCUCAGCACCAGGAGAGCAACCAAAGUUUUUGGGAAUCCGGGAGCAGCGAGUGACAGGAUUGAUGAUUUUUGUCCUGAUGGGGUUGUCAGUGUUCAUGACCUCUGUGUUAAAGUUUAUUCCAAUGCCAGUUUUGUAUGGUGUCUUUCUUUACAUGGGAGUAUCUUCAUUAAAAGGCAUUCAGUUUUUUGACCGUAUAAAACUGUUUGGAAUGCCUGCCAAACAUCAACCAGACCUGAUUUAUCUACGUUAUGUGCCACUCUGGAAGGUCCAUAUCUUUACAGUUGUUCAGCUCACUUGUCUGGUUCUGUUGUGGGUGAUUAAAGCCUCUGCAGCUGCUGUUGUUUUCCCUAUGAUGGUUCUAGCGUUAGUAUUCAUUCGCAAGCUCAUGGAUUUAUGUUUCACCAAAAGAGAGCUUAGCUGGCUUGAUGAUCUUAUGCCAGAAAGUAAAAAGAAGAAAGAAGAUGACAAAAAGAAAAAAGAGAAAGCAGAAGCAGAGAGAAUGCUUCACACAAGGGACAAUGAAAGUGUACACCUUGCAUAUGGAGAAGCAAAUUUGGAUUUUCCUGUAAAAACCCUAAAAUACAGCAUUGAUCCCUCAAUUGUAAACAUAUCAGACGAAAUGGCCAAAACUGCACAGUGGAAGGCUCUUGCCAUGAGUACUGAGAAUGCCAAAGUAACCAGAGCUAACCUGAGCCCUGAAAAAACAGAAAGUGUGAAAAUAAAUAUGGAAGAUUCACCUGUUGUGAAAUAUGUGGAUGCUGAAACAUCUUUAUAGAACUGAACCAAGGGGAACUGCGUGUAUUUGUGUGUGUAUAUAUAUCACUGCAGGAUAUUAUACCAUUGAAGUGUGAUUUCCAAUUUAAGGAGCGACAUGUAUUUAAUUCUGCUGUUGUUUAAGGCACUGUAGAGAUGCUUGCAUAAUGAGAAGAUUUUCCUGCAAGUAAGAUGAGUGGUAAUCACACUUCAGCUAUUUAUUUUAUUGGAAAUUUUAUUUUCGUUUUUAAAUAGGAAGAUUGUAAUGCAUAUUAUUUUCAAUAAUCAGUAUGUGUGUAAAAGUUAAAUCAGCUUUUGCUGAUGAUUACUGGUCCACAUUGCUUAAAAUUUUGCAAUACCUCUGUUUAUAAUGUGUGCUAAAGAAGUUUGUUUUCCAUGCAGGCAAUUACUGCUUGUUUUUGCAGGGUAUACUGUUUUUUUGUGAUUUCACAGAACAAAUAUUAAUGUGCUGUUGACAAGAACUACUGUGUUUUAUGUCUCCACUACAUGCUUGUGUUUUCUGGAUUCUGUCUCUCCUAUUUUACAGAAGUGGCCUAGAGCCCUAAGUCAGGUAGGUAGUUAAUCCUUAAAAUAUAUAUAAAUACCCUGUUCUGCUACUUUUUUUUUUUUUUUUUUUAAAUUCACUCUUGGUUUUUCAUUAUUGUCCAGUAGCAGUAUGAGUGUAGUAAUUGUAGUUACAGUC